AUGGCCAGCCUUGCGGAGGACUGCAAGCGUGUAGGUGUCGAUCAAUGGGAUACAAACGGUGAUUUCAAUAAAAGAGGAGACGAGUCUUUUCUCAAAGGAAUCGAAGAGAAGCUUGCGAACGAAUUUGGUAAAGCAGACGCCGUCUUCAUGCCGUCGGGUGUUAUGGCACAGUCCAUUGCGUUGUUGAUCCAUGCUAGCUAUCGAGAGCUUCUAAGGAUGGAGCCUUUGGUUGUAUCGACGCGAAACAAAAUUACACGCCAAGCAAAUGGAAUUCUGUCAAUCCCGGCCAUGACGUUUGUAGAUGUACGUGAUGCUGUAGAAGCCACUACACUUGACCCACCGCGGCUUACAACACUCAUGUUGGAGCUGCCGCAUUGUGAAAUUGGAGGCAAACUGACAUCCUGGGCAGACGUGCAAAAAAUGAGCGAGUAUUGUAGACGACACAAAAUUCGGUUCCAUUGCGACGGUGCUCGAAUUUUCGAAGCGACCGCAGGGUAUCAAAAAACAUUGUCCAAACCAGCUGAGCCCUUUGACUCAGUCUAUUUCUUCUUUUACAAAGGAUUAGGGGGAAUGUUAGGUGCCAUGCUGCUAGGAUCGAAAGACUUUUGUGAACGAGCUCGAAUUUGGCUCAGAAGAUUUGGGGGAAAUCUAUAUACGCUUAUGCCAUUUGCUGUGUCGGGAUGGUCAGGGUAUUGUAAAAACUGGGUCGGUAUAAAGUCCGACGGUUGUGCUGGAUAUUCUUUUGUAAAAAAAAGAGACAAGUUGCAAACUAUUGUGAGACUACUGUCCAGCGACGAAAGCAUCGGUAAGGUAAUUGCGUUUGAUCCCCAAAUUCCCUUCGUCAACAUGGUCCACUGCUAUCUCAAGCCCAGUGUAGACGAAUGCGAUCGGCUUCGCGAUCAAAUAGCAAUCGACUACGGUAUCGAGCUGUACGUUCGCAUUCGAAAAGUGACUAGCGACGAUCCGUCUUUUCGAGAAGGCUUUCGCUCAAAGCUAGAACUCUCCAUGGGGGAAGGAAAUGGGUCCGUUGCAACUGAAGUUUUUCUUCGGGGAUGGAAGGUUUUCGCUGCUGGGUACCAUGGCUGA